GGGCCUUGUCUGGAGAGACACGUUGAGAUCCCGUCUCGCAGUCGCACCACCUCCCAUAGCACACGGCCGAGCGCCGCAACUCAUGAGUCGGCCCUUCUCCAUUUCGAGAUCGCGUCACCAGGCGCAGACAGAUCCUGGACGGAUGCAUACAGCACGCGCUGGACCGUUUCGAUGACGACUGACCAUUGAUUUUACAGCUGAGGACCUCGUCCGCCGAGAGGAACUUGAGCGAAGACAAGAGAACAGGGAUCGCAUUCGCGCCCAGUAGGCAGAUCAACAUGGGAACAAUGUUUCUCAGCCAUGAGGAGUUAGGCAAGAAGGACGACGACCACAAGCCGACCAAGCUCCCCUCGAUUCAUCCGCGAUGGAGCGCUGCUACUGGAACCCCGAGGAGCAGGAUGCUCAAAAGGCUUGCGAUUGCCUUUGCCCUGGGCGUCUUCAUCUAUCUGUUCCUAGGCAACCUACCGACUGACGUACCCAUCCGUGACCGACGCCGCCCCAUAUAUCGCCCCGAGUUCGAAGCUGGUAGGCCCAGUGCGCCGGGCCCGAUGCCGAAGCUGACGACCGGUCGGAAGCCCCAAUAUCCGAACCUCACGCCCGCUCGGCCUGUUCAGCCGGAUGCUGUCUCACUUCAGGCUGCUUACAACGGGCCCAUCGUGUUUCCAAGGCUCCGCUCCACGCUCCAGGCGAUACACGCUACGGACGGAAGCUCGCCUGUCAAUAAGAAUGUGUUAUACGCUGCCGCAAGCUUGAAGAGCGCUGCGUUGCUGUUGCCAAUGGCGUGCCAAAUGGCAGAUGAGUUGAGGAACUAUGUCCAUUUUGCCUUGGUUGGCGGGAGCGAGAUUGACCUGCAGGAGCUCCGUGCUGUCAAUGGCAUUGAUAACUCUUGUCAAGUCAUAUUCCAUGACGCUCGCCCCGAUUAUGCAGGAGCCUCAGCUCCUGAACGUCUACGGCAGAGUUCAGUCCGUGCCUUGUACCACAUCCACAAUCACAUGCACCCACAGGCUGUGAUUGUCGAUGCUUCGGAUUUAGAGGAAGACUACUUUCUGGCCGGAUUCAGGAAGCAAGCUCCAGUCUCAGGCAUCCCGCUCAUUGAAUUGCCUGAACAUGCGCAUUCCAGGCUCGCCUGGACUACAAAACUGGACAGCUCGUCGUUGGCAGCUUGGGACAAAAUCAGCAUCGACAUCCUGAUCAACGCCCAGCCCGCUGCCUCGGGGAACCUCAUCCAUCUGCUCAAGUCCUUGUCGGCUGCCGACUUCUCGGCGGGAUCGGUUCCGCAUUUGACAAUUGAACUGCCUCCUGAUGUGGAUGGUGCAACGACCGAAUUUCUGAAAGCCUUCCAGUGGCCCCCCCCCGGUUCCAGUCGACCCUCUUACCCUAGGCAGCUCACCCUCAGGCACCGCAUACCACAGGGUCGGCUGACCGAGGAGGAGAGUUCUGUACGGUUCAUCGAGUCGUUUUGGCCAAGCAGUCCGCAGUACUCACAUGUGCUGGUCCUGUCGCCGCAGGCCCAGGUUUCGUCCCAGUUCUUCAAUUACCUCAAAUAUUCUGUGCUACACUACCUAUACUCGAAAGCGGCUCUCACGCAGGAGUGGGAUUCGAGGCUGCUCGGUAUUAGCCUCGACCUGCCUUCGACCCAUCUAGAUGGCUCAAAGCCGUUCACGCCUCCUUCGGGAAAAGGAGAGAUCCCGUUGCUCUGGCAGGCUCCAAACAGCAACGCUGCCCUCUUCACGGGGCAGAAGUGGACUGAGCUACACGCAUUCGUCUCCAAGUUGCUCGAAUUCCAACACAGAACUCAGCCGCUGCCUUCCUUCUUCACCGACAAGCUUGUCAGCAGGAGGUAUCCUUCAUGGCUGGAACACGCCCUGAAGCUCUCGCGUGCCCGGGGUUACUGGACCCUUUACCCGAGCGAAGCGACGGCCAAAAGUCUGGUUACCGUGCACAGCGAGCUUUACAGAGCCCCCGAAGAGUACGAGAGGGAGGCAGCGAAGGAGAUGCCAGGGAAUGCCCCGUUGCCCGUCUCAGGACGAACGCUCCUCGAGAGCUUGCCUAGGGAUGGCAGCCUGUUACCAUUCGACGAGAUGCCACUGUUGCUUUGGGACGGGAGGGUUACUGAACUCUCGAAUUUGGAUAAUGCUGCGGCAGCCUAUGCGAACGAAUUCAGACGUGCGGUAGGGGGUUGCCAGGCUCUGGCACCAGAGGACCUCGUCGCUAAAGCGUCGAUGAAGGAUCUGUUUUGCAUGAAGGAUGAAUGAAGGAGUCGGCUUUGAUACGGAAUUCCGGAUUGACGAUGCUGGACAAACUAUCUUUAUAUAUAACGUUAUAUAUAACGUGAUCCACCAUUGACUCGGACCCCCCAUUGACUCGGACACAUUUUCCCCCACCAUAACCACCCAAC